AUGGCUGCUGCUGCCGCUGGUGCUGCUCGCGCAGCUUCAGCAGUGGGACGGCACUCAGCUAAUGCUGUUGUACCAAGAACUGUGGGAUGCCGUCCUAUAGCUUCAACAGCCGCAGAAGCCAGAGUGCUUAGAAAUAUCUGCCGCAGCUACGCCUCUUUUUCGGGCGAAGCUGCUGUUGGCAUCUCAGUCAACACAACUUGUGGAAUGCUACAGCAACAGCACCGCCUUUGCCGUGUGGCGUACAAUAUUGGUAACGGAAAGAGCAUCAGCACAUACUUAAGGACUUUUAAAACCGUCUCACCAGCAGCUGCCAUUGAGAGGCCUCGACCUACAGAGGCCUCUUUCGGCGCCGAGGACAGUAAUGUUGCAGCAAGGGCAGCAGAAGCAGCAACAGCGACAAAUACUGAUGCUUCAACAACAACAUCUUCGGUCUUAGAUGAUCAGGAGAAGCUCCUCCUUCGAUGCACUGAUAAACCAAACUACGAGAUCUAUGCCUCACCUUCUGUCAUCUCCAGGUUGCAGUACGUCAAACAACGACGAAAGGCUUCUGUUACCCCUGCAGCCGCAGGGGAGAAAACUCCUCCCGCAGAAACUACAGCAGCUUCUGAUUGCCUUGGACUCAGAGUAGCAGUUUCAGGGGGAGGAUGCAGCGGCUACAAAUAUUCCUUUGCAGUGGUGUCGCUUGAAGAAGCAGAGCGAGACGGGGACCUGAUCUUCCGGUCAUCUCCCGAGCUGGCCUGCGAAGAGAAGACAAGCCUUGAGGAUGGCACCAUUAGUAGCACAAGCAGCGCCAACAACGACUGGUUUGUGUGUUUUCAUCCUUCCGCGUUGCGUUUGGUUGAAAGCGGCAGCUUUGUCGCAUUUGAGUCCUCAUUGGGCGGUUCUUCGUUCGUUUUGAAAAAAAACAAGAAGGCAUCAACCACCUGCAGCUGCGGACAUUCCUUUGGCAUAGACAUUCCGUUCUAG